AGAGUAAUUGGAAUUGUUGGGCCACAUAGAAUUUCGUCAGAAAUUAUUUGUUACGUCGAAACAAAUGUUGGAACUGUUUUGGUGAGAGUCUGGCUGCUCAGCUGUUCACGGCUUACAAGAAUGGCUACAGGCUGGAGUACAGUGCAGGAAAAUGUACUUUGUCGAUAUUUCAUGCAUGGCGCAUGCAAGGAAGGCAGCAACUGCAGCUUCUCUCAUGACCGCUCACACCAGCCAUCCCUGGUGUGCCGUUACUAUGCUGCAGGACAUUGCUCAUAUGGAAGAGAAUGCAGGUAUGACCAUUGCAGACCCAACAGAAAUAGUCAACCUAACCGUCACCAGCAAACGGCGAGACUGGAUGUGAAGAAAUCUACCAACCAUGUGCAAACACCAUUUAGUCAAAGACAAGAGUCACAGGUUGACACUGCUGCUGCUAUGACAGCACCACCAGCGCCGCUGUACAGCUUCUCAGUCACACCAACAUGCCCCUACUUAGCCGCCAGACAUGUAGCUCAGCAGUCUGGAAAUUUUUCGCACCAAAACUGCCAGUACCCUAACUCGAGUUCAUCAGAAAAUAAUAGCCAAGUAUCUCAAGCAUCUACCUCCGAUGGACCCUCCAUUAAUCCAUCAACAUCUUAUCACCGCCAUCGUAAUCACUCGGUUAAUUCAAACAUGACUGUAUUGUCCAACAAACGAGCAGGGACCAGCUACAGCCAUCCCAACUCCAAUCCUACCUCAUCUGUAGCAACAACUUCUAGGGCAAAUGAAACCGGCAAUGUCGAGUCCACAUCCAACACAAACUCUUCCACCAAAGCUGACAAUGGACCUAAAGCUACUCAAGUUACCUCUGCCAAUACAACAAACAAAGGUCGAAGUGUCGGUGAGACGCCUGUAAAUAAUAAAAGUUCUAGUCUCGUGGCAUCAAACUCCGCUGCUGGCAAGAAGAAACUUGGCCCUGUACAGCUGCCUGCUUCUAGCUGGGCCGAUGCGCCGGAAUUUGUUCCCAGGAACUUACAGCCUCCUCCUGUGAAAGAGGUUAUGAGCUGGGCGAACGUGGUGGGUGGUGCUAAUGAUGCGUCAAACAGCAGCAGCAUGACAGGGUCGAGUACGACCAUCACUGGGUUCAUCCCUGGCGGGUCUCCGAGCGACUUGUGUCCUUUCUUCAUGAUCCACCUCACCUGCCAUUUGAUGGACCAGUGCCCUUACAUACAUGGCCAAGUUUGUGACCUCUGCCAACUGGCGUGUCUGGACCCUCGCAACCCUGAGCAGAGGAAGGAACAUGCCAAGGAGUGUGCCAAUGUCAUCGAGGCGGACAUGGAGCACUCGUUCGCCGUAGCUCGGUCGCAGGACAAGCAGUGCGGCAUCUGCAUGGACACUGUCAUGGAACGAAGCCUGCCUUCACAACGACGCUUUGGUAUCCUGCCCAACUGUUCCCAUAUCUUCUGCCUGGACUGCAUCAGGAAGUGGCGCCAGUCUAAGCAGUUCGAGAAUAAAAUUAUAAGAUCGUGUCCCGAGUGUCGCAUUCAGUCGGACUACAUCGUGCCGUCGCGCUACUGGGUCGACGAGAGCGACAAGGAAGAGAAGAAGAAGCUCGUCGACAGCUACCGAGACGCGCUUGGCAAGAAGGAGUGCAAGUACUUCAACAAAGGUGAAGGCACGUGUCCAUUCGGCAACAAGUGCUUCUACCGCCACGCGCUGGCCGACGGCACCAUCAAGGACGUCGGCCCGCCCCGACGCCGGCGAAAGUUCGGCGCCGACGGGGAGCUGCACGACCACCUCGAGAGCAUGGUUCUGUGGGACUUCAUGGACGAGCGCGAACACCGCUUGGAGCUUCUGCGUGGCUCCAUCCAGUCCUUGCUGCUGGAGCUCGAGCUUGAGGACAUCGCAGACACAUUCUACAUCAGCUCCAUGUCCGACUCAGACUCGGACUUGUGAAGCCAAGAGCACAUGGAGCGGCGUGGGGGGCGGGUGGUCCAAGACCACACCACACGGGCGACCAGGAGAAACGCGGGGACGGGGUCCAUGUGGGACACACCUACAGACAGAGAACUCAGUGCAGUGUGGGAAGAGCCGCUUCUAGAAAAUUCAAGUGGCACUGAACAAUUAUGGGUGGAGUCGAAUGCCACUGAAAGAUUAUGGGAAAAUUUUAGGGAGAGUGAUGGCUUGUGGGACGGCCCGAGUGUGUCUUGCGUAGAACAGUUAUGCGAAACUAUAAAUUCUUCGGAGCGUUUAUUGGAAGAAGAAAUUGACUGCAAAAAAGUAUGGGACAAGACGAACAUCCACGGUGAAUUAUGGCAAGAACCGACUGUACCGGACCUGAACGCUGACUGGGUGGAGCCUACAGCUAGCGAGGUGGACGCUGUGUGGGUCGAGCCCACCGUGUCACAGUUCGACUCUUUGUGGGAGGAACCUACGGGGCACGAGCUUGAUGCCGUGUGGUGUGAGCCUCGCAAUCGGAGGUCUUGACCUACCGGACUGGGGCAACGAGUAUCUUGCUUCAUUUCUUGUGGACUUUUUUCCCUUUUUGUCAAUGAUAUGUAUAGCUAAGUCUUUGAAAGCUGUGGGCUUUGUAUAUUAAAGAUUUAGUUUCGAACAAUCAAAUUGGAUGGGAGGAAUUACUAUAGUGAAUGGGCCUGAUUAUAUAGACACAUUGAUUUUAUUUGUAAUUUUGUAAAAUGGGCAAGCGAUUUCAAAGCACUAAAGCUCUAUCGAAGUCUACAUUUUUCUGUUUUGUUCUUGAAUUAAGUUCACUAUUACGGGAGCAUUGAAUGAUGGAAGUGCAAGUUUGUGCUUCGUUUACUUCGAUUUAUCAUAAGCUUACUGCUAUGAUGAGGUUUAAACCCUAGGCUUUCUGUGCGGGAUCCCCUCAACCACUCGAUUCCUUACCAUCUCAAAUCUGACAUAAGCUUUAAAUUUUACAUCUUCAAACUGUUUUUCAUUUAAGUUUGGAGCACUUUGUGUACAUUUUUGAUAAGGUAAUUUUAGAUUACUAUUAACAUCUUUAAAGUUUCUUCACUUUAUGUAAUUAAUUAAAUCAAUCUUCUUUUUUUCAUAAUAACUUCUGAUGAUGGUAUUCAAUGUAGUAACAUUAUAGAUAAUAGACUCUGAUCAAGUUACAACUGUAACUAAAAGCCGGAAUUCGACUAUAAUCCAGCUUCAUCACGGAUUUUUAUUCAUGUCCUUGUUUCACAUUUUUGAAUAUUUUCUGAGGAAUGUGGAAUGCCAAAUCGGUGCCGAAUGUAAAUCCCUUUAUGGCUGUUUGUUGAAGUGUACGGUAUUGCUUAUCAUCAGUUUCCUCUACUGUUUACGAGCUAAGGGAAGCUAGCACUGUUCUUUAUAGUCGUACUGUAGCGGGUAGCGAUUGGUGUUCCUCUAUUAAGAAUCUGUUCGCUGUUUCCUGCUCUUCCUUCAAUUCUCGGUGAUAUCAGAUUCCUUCUUUAGGUUCAGCUUUUUAAUCUCUCGUCAUCUUCAGCUGAUUAGUAUUUUAUUUUCAUGUCAUUGUGACCUCUUAUUAGCUCUUUAAGAUGACAGUGUCGGCUUAGACUGACUUGUGGUCUUCAUAACAAGUAAUGUACAACUCUGCAAAAUCAACACCCCCUGAAAACUUUUUUACACAAUAAACGCUGAGGACUAAGCGGUAAAUAACGAUGCUAGCGUGUCGAUUAUUUCCAAAUUCCUGAGAAACUCGCACUAUUCUCCAUUCCCAAAUCCAACUGUUCACCUUCCAACAACAUUAUCUUAAUUUCGUGCCAAGUGAAACCAAAUUAUUUAAGAACCUAAAAUCUGUGAUCUGUGCCUGGUGUUUCUUCAGUCUCUGUAUGACGAUGUCAGGACUGGUAAUAUUAGCUGCAUCUGCGAAAAAAUUUUGCCCAAAUUUUGCUCGAUUUUUUUUUUUUCAUUUGCAUGUAGUUUAGUUGUUUGUGCUGAAAUGAUGACGUUCGCCUUGCAUGCAUGUGGUUCGUUUCUUAACACAUUCAACGUAGGUAUGUAGUUGAUUAAUCCAUUAAAUAGGAUAAGUCAUUGUAAUUUUCCAGGUCGUUAUCGAAUGUUUUUUUUUUGCUUCCAUCUGGAGUGAUGCAAAUAAUGCCUGAGUGACGCUUGAUGUGGUGGAAACUGUCUACAAUUGCCUAAGUUGAAUGAAUUUCUUGCCUUAUUAUCAACCUUAUCUCAAUAAACCUGUAUUCAGCUCUGCCAAAAUUGCUGUCUACUGAAGUGUGCGGUCAGUGAGUUUAACGUCAAUAAGAAUGUAUACCGUAGCUACGAAAUAUUGAACCACCUCACGCGUUAAUUGGUUGUCUGUUGUUGCUGGCUGCACUCGGCAAGCCUAAGCAAAUGCGAUUGAAUCGUUGACAAUUCGAGAUGAAAGUUUUAGUGCUUGGAAUGACAUUUCUUGGAUUCCUAAUGCUUGAUUUCAGUAUCGACUUCUUGGUGUGAAUGUUCAGUGCUGUAGUUUAUUAAAAGCCGCGGUCUUGUGAAAAAAUUUUUUUAAUGAGUAUUCGACACAAGUUUCUGUAAUAUUGCUACCUCAAUUUUUCAUCCGAUGGAGCUCUCCGUGUAAAAUUUCGAUUAAAAUCUUGAUUGAUUGGCUGACCUCUCGUCCCUUAUUCAUAUUUAGUUGAACAUCGGUCAUGGAGGCGUGCUUCAUGUGAAAAAAGUUAUUUUAAUAUCUAUCUUUUCAAGCAAUGGUCAAGAAUGACCAAGGAUUUACGUGUUGAACACUAGUACUUAAACUCAACACUCAUUAUUGAAUAUUGUACCCUUUCAUUUGCUAUUUUCAGCUCGCCUAAGUUAGGUGGCUUUCGUGACUGUUUAAAAGCAGGAGUCGCCGAAAGCGGAAAAUUUUGUAAUGGUGCGAUUUACAUUUCAAAAUAUAACCAAAUGACACCUUGAAGUUGAUGAGAAUCUGGGAUAUUAAUCUAGCAUUGGAAUGACUGCAAAUUAUUUGACAAAAGGUUAUUAAACAUUCGUCAAUUGAUUGACUCUGUGCACCAUGCAUCUUAGCCUAUCAUAAUUUUUUAGACUAUUUCUGAGUUCUAUGAGCCGUUAAGCAUUCCACGAGUAAAAACACAAUGUUCGUUCCCACACCUACAUUUGCAUAACAACUCUCCUUUAUGUUACUGAUCAAUGUUGAUGUUUGAGAUGGAAAUUGCAGGUUUGGUCGUGAAUUUAACGCUGUUUGCCGUUUUUUUAAUAGUGUAACCUUUCAAUAUGAUCUGCAUUGUUUUACAUAAAAGUGCUUGAAUUUGUUCUCGCUUCAUCUCCCUAUAGAGAGUUUUAUUUACUGCUCUAAUAGAAUAAAUAAAUAAAACCUUACAUAUUGAUAUAGCUUCUUCAGUAUCGAAAUUUUGAUGCAGAUUUUAAAUUAACCUUCUUUACUCAUGCGUAAUUUAGAUAAUAAAACAUCAUUUUUUCUAAUAAACUGUUGAUGAAGGCAGAAUGUAGUUUGUUGAUGAGAGUUUUUGCUUUUCACUGUUUGCUGGUUCUUGUUCGAGCAGUGGCUGCGAUAAGUUGCUUGCUACUCUCCACUUGCUGAAUGAAGCAUUUACAUCCUCGUUAGUUUCACGUCAAAUUCCGUCAAGAUAAGAUCAUUUUCUCUAUUUAACUUGCAUAUUUCAAUGUUCGCUUCUUCCCGAUGUUUAAUGUUUACUCGAUUCCAUUUUAUACACUUCUCUUCCAGUUGUGUUUCUUUGAACAUUGAUUUUCUUCGAAUAAAUAUGACAGUUCCUCGAUGGAUAUGUUACCAGUGUUAUCAUUGUGGCAAGUUGAAUAAGCUAUAUUUUCGUUGAAAUCAGACAGUGCUUCAUGGAAGUUUCUCGGUUGUCAUUGUCGAUUUUCCCGUAUUUCUUUGUGUUUGUCGAUGUGCGAGCUUUAAGCUUUGGCAAACCUUUGGUUUUGGUGUUAUGUUAAAAUGUCUUUCCUUUGUAUUAUGUCAUAUCUUCGCACUGAUAUAUAACGACCGAAAUUUCCAUGUUAACUAACCGUAUGACCGUUGCGGCUCUUGCUACACGCAGUUACAUGAGGCUCACGGUUAAGUAAACCGCAACCGUAUCUGUUUGACGGUACUUGACCACGCGGUUACAAGAGUUUCACGCUAAGCAAGGUUCUGUUGCUCUUGUGAUAGAAAAAGUCCCGUUUGUUGGGCUUUGCUGAAGUGGUUAUCCAUCAAGUUUAAAAAAACUAUUUCCACAUUUACUCUCGACUUGGUCACUAAUUUCACAAAUAUUUUUUCGUUACGCCACGCGCCCUGACAGUAAACCAACCAUGUCUGUACCCAGCAACUAGUGUGCCUGCUUGGUGUUGCAUCUGCACAUGUAAUGUUCACUACAGGAGUCGACGUGAAAUGCUUUGUUACCUGAGAAUAAACUGACCUCCUUAAUCUUA